CUAGAUUACUAUAAAGGAGAGAACUGUUCCCUGAUUAUUUUGCAACACCUUGUUUAUAUACUUUUACCGCCAGAAUAUAAUAUUAAGCACAAUUGUUAGAAAUAGUAAUUCCCCAAUAUGGCACGACAAGGGAGACAGGCCACAAAUAGCGUGAAUAUUAAUUUCUUUUAAUCAUAUUCCCUAUUUGUAUCGGAGGACAUUUACGUCAGAAUAAAUGGGUAAAUCCCUUGUGGACCCUAAACCAAUGCAAACAAGUGAGCGAAAGUGAAUGGUGAGUGCGAGGCAAGCAUCAACGUUAUCAGUUGUCGAUUCUACUCGCAAUCAUUCUGCCGUCUGACAAUAUUGUUCUUGUUUAUGAAACGCCGAUUGAGCUUUUAACUCACACAAGCAUUAAAUGAACUUUAAAAAGUGACAACGCUAACUAAUUUUAUUUAUCCCUGUGUAUAAUAUUUGCAGGAUAGAUCAUCAUUCGCAGAGAUGUUACGCCGUUAGCACAGAAAAACAAGGAACUACAAUGGAUUAUGAAAGAGAUUCGCCAUGAACCGAGGGAGCUAACAUAAAUGAUUAUUUGCAUUUCUUUUAAAAAAACCCCACACAUAAACAAAACGUCGCUCUACCCUAGAAACAAUUGCGUGGAUUCUUCUAUAAAGGCAAAAUCAAUGGCGCCUGCGCAUGUCACAAAGCCCUGUCAUGAUUCUGUAAACUGGCGACAGUAGGUGGGAUGGAGAAGCUGCCCAUUUAGAGACAGAUAGAUUGGAGUGAGGAUUUACAAAAAACGGAUUAAAAAUCAUGUCUCUGUGCGGUUUUGGCGGCAAUUUUAGUCAGGCUGCAAAAGAGACGGCCAACUGCAGCAUGAAUUGUUCCACCCCACAGUAUUUAAACGCCACGGAUCACAUGAGUUGGAUUAGUACAAAAAAUGUGAGAAAUUCAGGGAUGAUGUUUGCUAGUGGAUUCUUUGGGAAUUUAUUAGCGCUAAUAGUGCUUCUAAACUCCAGCAAAGAACAGAGACGGACAAUAUUCUACCGCUUGGUGGCCGGCUUGACCAUCACUGAUUUAAUCGGCACCACCCUGACUUCCCCCGUAGUGAUUACGGUUUACGUGGAGAGGCGGUGGAUAGGGGGUGAUUACCUGUGUUCUUAUUUUGGCUUCAUGAUGAUAAUGGCCGGAUUUUCCACCAUGACAAUCGUGUGUGCCAUGUCUAUUGAAAGGAUAGUGUGCAUUCGGCACCCUUAUGUCUAUUAUACCCGGUUAUCAAAAAAGCAUGCCACCAUUAUACUGGUCUCGUGUUGGGUAGUUUCCGGUGUUAUCGCGUCAUUACCUCUUUUAGGAUUUGGAGAAAUCGUCCGGAAGUACCCCGGAACCUGGUGUUAUUUUGACUACUACUCCAAAGAACCCAUUCACGUGGCAUUUAAUUAUUUCAUCAGCAUCUUAGCCUUGAGUAUUAUCAUAGUGACGAUUUCAUGUAAUCUGACAGUCAUUUAUACGAUUCUCAAGAGCCGACAAAAACAGGGGAUUCUACGCAGGGAGGACGGGACGUCACGCUCCAACCACGGCGCCAGCAAGCGGUACGCCGAGUGUCAGAUGCUGAUUCUGCUGGUCGGAAUAACAGUCGUCUUCAGUGCUUGCUAUGCUCCUCUCUACGUAAGAGUUGUGAUGAACCAGACUGGAUUGGUGUGCAAUACUGUUCUGGAUUUACAAUUAAUCCGGCUAGCAUCUUUCAAUCAGAUCCUCGAUCCAUGGGUUUACAUUCUGUUGCGGAAAGAACUCCUAUGGAAAAUCAUAUCAGGCGUUAAAUAUAUCUGUAAUCGAGGUCAAGCUGACCUAAUAUCCUUACCCCAGAAACAGUUCGACGUAGAGAGCGCUAAUUGCUGUAUGUUUUGUUUCCACUGUUUGUGUGAUCCUCCAGUGACUCGGCAACGCUCGGGUUCCAUUUUCUCUCAGGACAGUCAGUACAUCCGCGCAUGCCCAGGAAGAGGGAACCUUAACGCUUCUAGUUUUUCAAACCUCAAGAGCACGUCCAUGACCUCGUUAAAUGGCAGACAGACGGUCCCUCUUCGCGUCUGCUCCGCCAAUGACGUACAUAUGUUGUUGCUUAAUAAUACGCUAAGGAAACACGGAGCGUCCAAAAGCUCCAACACUCGCUUCGUUGACGACAUCGAGAACGACUGAAGUUGACACCAUACCGAAUUACCUGUCUCAACCAGUACAAUCAGCUUUAUACACAAGACAUAUUAUUUUUGAAUUUUGUUAUGAUUUGUAUUUUUUUUAAACAUAUGUACCAUUUUAUUGGACAUUUUGUUUCCUGCAGUUCGGUUUAUUUGAAUAUUGUUCGUUUUAAAUAUUUUUAAUCGAUAUUUUCAAGUUGUAUAUUGUGUAACUAUCAAUUUAUCAACAUUCCAAAAAAGUAAGAGUAAAUUUCAACUGUUGAAUUCAUAUGAAGUAUUUUCAAGCUUUAAAUUAAAAUUAUCAACAUGUACUUCUUUUUUACCCAGGAGGUGAAUUAUACAGCUUAAUCCAGUGUUUGUGAAAGCAGCAUUGUUUUUGGUAUACUUCUCUAUACAGUUUUCCCGCUAUUGUUCUUUAUCUCCUAAUGCUUUUUUAUACAUCGAAUUUUGCAAAAUAUAUAUAUAUAUAUAUAUA